GUAAAAGGUGUAUUCUUGAACUUAAUAGCUGUUAAAAGUUAAACCCCUGUUUCCUCACUUCAUAUAGUCUCCUGAUCACCUCCAUGGGCCACAUCAAGCUCACAGAUUUUGGCUUGUCAAAGAUGGGUCUAAUGAGCCUCACCACCAACCUGUAUGAGGGACACAUUGAGAAAGAUGCCAGAGAAUUCCUGGACAAGCAGGUAUGUGGUACUCCAGAGUACAUCGCUCCAGAAGUGAUUCUCCGUCAAGGCUACGGGAAGCCGGUGGAUUGGUGGGCUAUGGGUAUCAUUCUGUAUGAGUUCCUGGUGGGCUGUGUGCCUUUCUUUGGAGACACUCCUGAGGAGCUGUUCGGACAGGUCAUUACAGAUGAUAUAGUUUGGCCAGAUGGUGAUGACGCCUUGCCUGCGGAUGCCCAGGCCCUCAUCUCUGCUCUGCUGCAGACCAACCCUCUUGUGAGGUUGGGUACAGGUGGAGCAUUUGAGGUGAAGCAGCACUCGUUCUUCACUGAGCUGGACUGGAACAGUAUACUGAGACAGAAGGCGGAAUUCAUCCCACACCUGGAGUCAGAGGAGGACACCAGCUACUUUGAUACCCGUUCAGAUCGUUAUCACCACAUCAAUACAUACGACGAGGAUGACACCAAUGACGAUGAGCCGGUGGAGAUCAGACAGUUUUCCUCCUGCUCUCCUCGCUUCAGCAAGGUCUGACUUUGUCUCUCUAGCAUCCUUUCUUCUUUCAUCUGUUUCUCACACUCACUUAUUCUGUUCUCCCUUUUCUCCCCAUUAUGUCAACUUGUUUUAUUUUCUCACACAAACACUCAAUCACUUGGCACUUGAGACUAUUUGAAGGGAGUAGAUGAGGAAGGAGAAAAACUAAAAUGAGGUCAUACUGUUCAGAAAGUGUCACCGGGAGGCUGGGCUCAGGUCUCAAGCCUGGAGUUCAAACACUCUAAUUGGGCUGUUGUAACACUGUCCCCUCGUAGUCUUCUUGCCUUUGGUUUCUAUUUCAAGCCUCUCAAGUCCAUCUACUGUACCUUUAAAACGGAAGCCCCUAUCCAGUCUGCAGAUGUAUGUUUAAUGACCCGGCCUUUCAUUUAGAUUAGGUUCUGAUCUGUGACUCUCUCUCUCUCUCUCUCUCUCUCUCUAUGUGCCAGUGUGUUCUUUCUGUCACGCUUCUCCUCCGAGUGGGAUUUCCCCCCUCUCUCCACUCCCCCACCUUUAUUCUCUCCUUCUCACUUUCACCCUCACUCUGUCUUUCCAUCUGCUUUCCUUCGUGUCUCAUCUGGUCCAUCCUCACAUGUUUGGGUCGUGAGGUUGUGAAGGAGCGCUUCAGUAAAAUGAAAAUGCCUCAGUGCGGAGCCUAUUUCAAUUAAAUGAGAUGUUUUUGAAAAUAGAGUUUAAGGGCUGUUUAGCAGCCUUAGUCAAGCAAAGCAUGUGAACAAAGACCUCUGCUGAAUGCACCCACAUAAUGAGGUCUGUGCUGCAAUGAUUAGUUGAUUUAUUAAUAAAUGCAGCAGCCUAACUGCUUGUGAAGAUUUGUUGUUUUAGUUGUGGAAUUAAUAUCUUUGGGUUUUGGACUGCUGGUUAAGGAAAAACAAGAUGUUUAAUAAUGUCACAUUGGAACGUUGUGACAGUGACUUUUCAGUAAAGUGAAUAAAGCGGGCCUGCUGAAUCCUGUGGCGAAUUGCAUUAUUUGCACAGCUGCACCUGAAUAAGUGAUUAUUCAAGAAAAUAAUCAGCAGGUUAACUGAUAAUGAAGUUACAGUAAUUGUUAGAGAUGGGCCUGUAUCGAUGUAUCUGAAAAGCACAGAAUGAAAGGGAUAACUUGGCAAAUGUGUUACUUUUUUCAGUAUCUCAAGAUGUUAAAAGACACAAUGUUUAACAAGAAAUUAAACAAUAAGGUCUCAAAGACAAACUUUUGUCGUCAAACCAGUAAAUUUAUUCAGCAAAGUUCACUGAUAAACCUAGAAGGUGUUAUAUACUACAGGUACAGCAUGUUUACUUGUAAUGUGAAUGUCCCCACAUGCUUUUUUGAGACACUUCAUGAACAUUUGUCUCAUUAUUCCUUCUCCUGGCUAUUACUACAGCAGGGCCAUAAUGUUUUAAGGUAUUAGCUCAUUUAAUAUCAACUCACCUAUUACUUCUGCCAUAUCUUUUUUAGUAUUUGAUUGUGGCUUAUGUUUAGGACGUACUACAUAGAAGCAAUGGUUUUCAUUCAUAUAGAAUCAAACUACUUAACAAACAAGGAUGUAAUUGGGUGGUAAAAGGAAUGAAAGAGGAAGUGCACGUCUCCUUUGUGCAUGUGAGAUUCUAAAAUCCCAAAGGGUUUACAACAAAUAAUCUCACUUCAAAACAAAAAUUUGAAGCAAACUAACACUGUAUAAGUAAUUGGCCAGCGCUUACAGCGGCUUUAUUUUUUUAUCAAAUUAAUUUACAGCGUUGUGAUGUUUCUUAAAUGAAAUAAAGUAAGAAGCUGGCUCUGGCUGUUGUUAUUGUUUUGGUUUUCCUCCUCCGGAGGAGACAGCUGUGUCUUCAGCUGAUACUUGUUUCCAUGGUGCGCUGCUUCCUUUAAUCUAGCUCAUCUUGUUGUCCUCCUCCACACAGCUUAGUUUUUCUGUGCCUUACUCUGCACACAAUGGGAGCCUUACAGUGCAACUGUGUGCAUGUCUUUGUGGACAGUGCUCACACAUGGUGAACACAUACAAGCUAUGGUGAUUUUCAGU